UGGCCGGUUUCCCACUUGCUCCCCUUGUGCUCUGUGGCCACAUUGGCUACACGCUGUCCUGCGGCCUGGCUGACCUCACACAAAUCCUCUCCCGCUCUACUUCACUGCCCACGGCCCUGCCAAUAAAAGCCAGGCUCAUCCCAACUGCAGAGAGCUCUCUCUCUAUCCCCAGCAACACAGACACCUCUUCCUCCUGUGACCUGCCAGCCAUGAAGCCUCUAUUCCUCCUGUUUCUCGCCAUUCUUCUGGCCACCGAACCGGUGGUGUCAGUAUCCUGUUGGAUGAAUGGACAGUGCCGGUUGGUGUGCAAAGAUGAUGAAGAGAACGUCUUACGCUGCCCAAAUCGUAAACGGUGCUGUAUCCUUAGCCGUUACUUAACAAUGGAACCAGUAACAAUUGAUGGGAUACUGCCCUGGACCACUCCUCGGCCUACUAGAAAACCGAAACGCAGGGGCAGACCUCGCCACAGAGUUGGAAGAUAAAUGGAAAUCGUGGCUAGGAAUGAUUUUACUUCAAGUUUCUUAGUUUCCACAUUCCACUAAAAGUCACAAAUCUCUUUCUUGUGCCUGUCAAUCAUGGGAAAUGGCACUCCAGAUGGAUCGAGGGUGAGGAGAAGGCAGACAGGGGUUCGUGGGUAGUGGAGAGACAUCCCCGAGGCUGGGCCACAGCAGUGGAGUGAUGAUUACAGUCUCGAAGAUUGUUCCUCAUCUUCCAGCUGCAGGAAAGGCUAUUGGGCCAGCAGUGGACUGAGGAGCACAUGUGGAAAGCUGAGCCUGAGAGGCACAGCGGAUGCCUGGUGGGGUGGGGGGGGAUCUCCUGGACUCGGAGAGUCGGUCUGUCUUGGGGGCGAAUGGACUAGGGGUGAGCAGGGACUGAGUAGCGCCCAAACCCUUGGAUUUCUGGGUAAGUUGACUGAGAUGCCUUUGAUGCUCGAGAGUGCACAGUCUCAAGGAUCAGAAAGUUUCCAAGUACUACAGAAAGAUAAAAUACA